GACGGCGGGCCAGGCAUGAAGCUCACCGCCACCGCCACACUCACUCUGACCGUACAGGACAGCGACGACAACGGACCUGCCUUUGUCUACGAGGGAUGUUUCAAACACAACGACGUGUGUGCCUGGCCCAAGUACACCACUGGCCUCACAUUGAAGAAGGAUGUUCCAAUCGCUGUGUUUCCCGUCCCGAAUAAGGUCAAGAGUCACGUCGAGAUUGAGGCAUUUGACCGGGAUCUGGGCAUGGGAAGCGAGAUCGAGUUCAGCAUUGCUUCAACCAUCCCCCCUGGCAAUGAACACAAGUUCCGUGUGGAGACGAACCGUCUGGCGGUUGGCAACAAAUACAGGGCCAGCGUCAUCCCCCUAAGUGACUUUACGGUCCAUGAGGGCUUCGAGAUCUUUCUGAAGGCUGAAGAGAAAACUGUUGAGAAGAAGCAAGAGAUUUCCAUGAUUUUCUUCAUGGGUGACGCUGGCGGCAGCCCUGGUGCCCAAGGUCAAGGCUCCGGCAAUGGCAAUGGCGACGACGACUCCUACAGCGACAGUGAAAUUGCCCUUAUCGUGAUUGUCGCCAUCUUGGCUACAUUGGUGUUGUGUAUGGGCAUCGCUCUACUUUUCUGUUGGAGACGUAGUUGCCAUAGCAAAGGGACAGAUAUCCAGAUGGGCAUGACCAAUAACGGAUUUUCUGGUUGAGCUGCCAUAUCGUCUGCAUGAGCCAGCACGCUUUUUUAAACGCUUUCAUCACAACAUCACGAGGGAGGGUAGGAAAAACAACUGUUCGCCAAGGGGAGCACCAUUCUGCCUCGCAUGCAAUAUCGUUCUGUGUACCGGUAUAUUAUGGUGCUGCUGAAUAGUCCCCAAGAUCUUUAGAAUGUUGUUUGUUACCCAUGUUUUUCUGACCAAAACAAUAUAAACUUCCAUCAGGCUAAUGGCUUUAUCUUUCAAGAUAACCAGGUUAAGCCAAAAUGUUUUUCAAAGCUAUGCUUGUCCUCCCUUACAUCUUGAAAUCUCAUUCAUAGAUUAGGCCUAGAUCUACCUAUCUAUCCUCUGAGUAGGAUUCCUACAAUGUGGGCAAGAGACUUCUCUUGGAGCAAUCUCCGCUCGACCAGAAACAAAAUAAUGAGACUCCGCUCAUAAUUCUAGGAAGGGUUACUGCCAUUAAACUUGUUCCCUCUUACACCAGCAUAAGACAAGACAAAACUCUCUUCAGGAAUUAGAUUUAUGUGAAAUUAUUUCUUAGAUCUCUUUAGGAAAUCCCCCACUGCUUAUACAAGUUCAUGUUUUUUUGUUUUUUUUGUUUUUGUUAUUUUGUUAUUUUUGUUUGCUUGUAAUAAUUUAAUUCAAUCAUGUUUCCAACUUGUUUUUGGAUACGAUUCAUUACGCACUUUUUGGCUGCUCUUUAUCGCUCACAGAAUAAGUAAAGUACCCUGCAGAAAGUUUCCUCAUGGUUAUGAACCACCCCUGUCCCACUCUUUUAACCACCUCCCUGCCCCCCCCCCAAAAAAAAAUUUUUUUUUUUUAAAUUUAAAAAAUAUCCCUCCACAUCUCCACUGAAAUGCUUUAAAGGAAUUUUCCCUUCUUUGCCAAAGACAGGUGUUCAGGAAAUUUUAAUUAGCAACCGAAAUAUACUAAAAACAUAAUCAGCUGUUGUUUUUAAAGUCAGCAUCAUGUUCAAUCCUCUUUAAACAUUUCCAGCAGCCCACCAUCACACCCAUCAAACUCAGUCGAAUGUUAUUGAUUUGACCUAAAAUGCCACUUUAAGGAUAUCCUAAGAAUAAUCUCACAUCACCAGCAGGUGGCGUAAACUGUUUCUAAAAUGUGUAUAAAAGAAUAUUUAUGUAUUGACUAUGUAAUCUUGCUCUUCCCCAUAACAAAGUUUUGCUUUGGAAUAUUUGCCGAGCGUUCUUCCAGCCCACUUAUAACACCCAUACCAUCCAUAAGCCUUUCUUAUGACAAGUCAGAAUACACUACAGUGUUACCACACUCUUAUAAUGCCCCUUUCGUUCCAGUUCCGAGCGCAAGUUUUAUUUUUAUGAUGACGCUACCGCCACAUGUUGAAAAACAUGGUAUAGAUGUAACUUAAAAUAUGUAUCAGUUUCUUGUACUUGUUUGCUUGCCCACUUUUAUCUUUGUUGUUAUCUUCAUACACUUUUAUAAUUAUUAUAUGAUAUAACUCAGUUCUUUUCGAAUACGAACAUAAAAGGUAAAUUAUGAUUUUUGGCAUAGUUGAAAUAGCCUGGGACUGUGCCCUCCCCCCUCUGCCGUUUCCCACACACUUCCACCUUUUUUUUUUGGGGUGGGUGACUGGUAUGAAAGGCAAACAGAGUCAAUGUUUAAAUAAAUUGCAAGUAAGAUAACAAAACGGAAUUUGAGAAAAAGAGUUUUCGGAUGAAUCAGGUAGUGAAACUGAAACGAAGAUAAUGGUAGGGGUAAGUAUGCAUAUUGUGUAUAUUUCGUAUGUUGUAAGUUUGCUGGAAUGUACUUCUCUGAAUUGAUUGUGGGCAAUAUAUAUGAAUGUAUGUACGUAUGUAUGUAUGUAUGUAUGUAUGUAUGUAUGUAUGUAUGUAUGUAUGUAUGUAUCUAUGUAUGUAUGUAUGUAUGUAUGUAUGUAUGUAUGUAUGUAUGUUGUAUGUAUGUAUGUAAGUAUGUAUGUGUGUGUGUGUGUGCGUGUGUGUGUGUGUGUGUGUGUGUGUGUGUGUGUGUGUGUGUGUCUGUGUGCGCGCGCGUGCGUGUAAGAGUGUGCUCAUAAUGAGCAUUCUUGAAGUGUUACCAUUAUGUUGACAUCAUCUUCUCCAGAUAUUAUCGUGUGAUAUCCUUAUCUUAUCAUUACCCAGCGUAGUUUAUGUAUAAAUGUUUUGAAACUUUGAGAACUUGUAACGUUUGUUUCGUGUUCAUGUUUUUAUUGCCAUAUUUUUUUAUUCCUGAAUUUUGAUAAUAAAAUCUGUUAAGAAUUGA